AUGGUCAAGCAUAUCACCUUUUCGGGUACUUGGGGGGAGGAAGACCCGAUGAAAGACCUCUUUGCCCAGAUCAAUGCGGUCGUGAGUCAGAUAUUUCCUUGGGCCAUACACGUUAUCCAAUACACUUCUUACUAGAUUGACGUUCUGUUGGUGCACCAGGGUCUGGCUAUUCGACAUAAAGUUGUUGCAAGUGGUUUUUUGAACAUCGUCGUUCCGACCUCGGCCGGCCAGCUCCCUCACGACGGUCACGCACCGGACGCGGUCGCCCUCUUCUCCUUUGCGUCGACGGAGCCACCGAGAGGGUCUGGGCAAUGUCAGAUGAUGAAUGGAGGGGGGAGGCGAAUCGGUUAGGCAAGCGUCCGGAAGAUCUUCGCCAAGUGAAUCACGUACUCGCGCCUGGAUAAAGUCAAGCCUCGAAACAAAGCAGGCUCUGCCUCUUGGCAGGGUGUGCGGAGGUUAUACAGAGUGUUCGACGAUUGUCCUGCGCAGAUUCACGUACGGAUUCACGUUGACGGGAUGGCAGUUCCGCGUUCUUAUUCACUCGGCAAGCGGCGUCUUCAAGACGAAUGAGUUCGACUGUUCUCAACAAGAAGGCUACGCGACUCUUUUGAGGUUCCUGGUCCGACUCGUUGUCGCUCCCGAGCUCGACCUCGGCAUCAUCGCUUCUGGCCCCACCUACCCCGUCACAGUGGACAGCCUACCGCCCAUCAUAUACCAACGCCCCAUCGCAGCUUUGUCGAGCCCAAGACUCACACAUCAAGGAGUUUGUCUGUGGCAACCGACCCACCUUAAUGAUGCAAUGACCGGGCCCCGAGCUAUUUGCUAUCCCGGAGUCUUCAACAACGUUGAGACGGGUAGCCAAGCUUCGUUUGGUGGUUCACCGGAGCACUCCGUCGUCUUCUCGCUCGUCGACCAAGAUUAA